GCCAGUGCUUCUGCGAUUUGGUAUUUUGCAGCACUGGUUAAUACCUAGUAAAUCAGCUGUUACGAACAUAUUUUUUAUUUUUCCUAUAGAAAUCUUCUAUAUAUAAAUUUCUAUAAAUUUCCAAAAGAAAUUUUAAAAUAGAUACAAACAUGAAAUCUAUUUGAAAACGUAAACACAAAUUAAUGAAAAAUAAAACUGCCAGGAAACUGCACACAAAGCAGAGUUCAGCUUGUCUCAAAGAAACAGACCUUGAAAAGCUACAAUGAGCCACUUGGGCCUUACGGAUGUGCAUCAGUCCGCUGAUGCCACUCCUGACUUGGAGUCCUUCACUGGCUUUGGCAACUCCGCCGCCGAGGCUUUUAUUCAAAGUCUCGCAGGAAUGGUGAAUCAGGGCGAUGUGGAAACCAUGAUUAGGGCUCAAAAGCAAAUGCUGCAGCGCUUUGAGAAGACCAACGAGAUGCUGCUCAACUGCAAUGCCCUGUCGCAGAGUCGUCUGAAAAGUGCCAGCGAGGAUUUCAAAAGACAUGUCAAAUGCCUAAGCGAAAUGAAGAAGGAUCUGGAUUACAUAUUUCGAAAGAUAAGGGUCAUCAAGCAGAAGCUGCAGUUGCAGUUCCCCGCCAUUUACGCCGAAGUUCAGCCGCAGAGAAGCAGUUUGGCGGAGGAAGCCGAGGAUGAUACGGAAGCCCAGGCCAAAAAGGCUACAGAAACACCUGCGCCCGCUGCACCAAAGCCUGUCUUAUCCACCAAAAAGAGUGCCGCCACCAUCGAGUACGUGCAGAUGGAGGAGGCAGUGGACAAUGGCACUGUGGAGAUCGAAAACGAGCUGAUCAAACGAGUUUGCUCCGUGGAAACUGCAAAUCCCAAUGAUUCCUCCGACUGCACAUCUGAGGAUACAGGUUGAACAUUGCAAAUGCUCUUAAUAAGCUUUACUCCUUCGGUAUAUAUGUCUACAUUUAAUAACUUAUUGGUUUAAUAUUUGUAUAACCUGCUACAUACAAGGACACAAUCCGUUUAGUUAGUUUAAACUAUGAAAUAUGUGUAAUAAUUUAAGAAACUAAUGGCUUAAAAUAUAAUCUGGUACUUGUA